GUGCGUUGAAUGCAUGCACGAAUACGGCGAGGAGACGAAAUCGGAUAGAUUGUUACUUUAUAAAGGUUUUAAAUGCUGUAUUGGUUGAAAUUUGCAGCUAGAAAGCCAGUGAUAUGUCUAGGGGAUACAAUAAAUCUCGGCCAUUUAGUGUGACUGCAUCUCGAGAUGGCGGCAGAAGUUUUUAUCAACAUGAUGACAGACAGGGAGGUGGUCGAAUGCCAGAAGGACAUUGGAGGGGAGGAGGUCCCCCAAGAGGAGGUGGAGGGUCAAGAGGAGAACCUAGCAGAGGUGGAAGAGGAAGGGGCUUCUACAAUGACAAUUAUCAUGGAGGAAACGAUUACUAUAGAGGCCAAUCGAGUGCUGGAAAGUUCCGUAGCUCCCGUCGUCGUGGCUCUAGAGGCUCAUUCUCGCGAGGAAGCUAUGGCCCAAGGAACAGUGCUCCUCGUGGCCAUGACAGAGGUUAUGGAGGUGGCGGUGCAGCACCCCAUCCAAGGUCAGAAGAUGAGGACGUUGUGAUGAAAGAAGAUGGCAGAAACCCACCGCCAGAGAGGCAUAGACACAACCCUUACGGCAGCAGUAAAAGGCAGAGACAUGGCAGAGCUUCAUCAAAGAAUCAGAAAAGAAAUGCCCAUUAUUCGUGGGUUGAAGUUAAGAUUCCUCAUGGAAAGAAGGUUGAGAAAGAGUGGCUGAUAAAGGCCAUUCAAGAAGAAUGUUCAAUACCAUUUGUUCCUGUGGAUUUUCAUUACAGUGGUGAAUCUGCAAUUUUCUACGUUGAUGACCUCGCUCUAGGAGCUCCACUCAGUGAAGCAUCUCGCAAAAUAAUAGCACCCAGUGGAUACAAGGUGUUAAUCCUAACACGAAACUGCGAUCCACCAGCGGGGGCUACACUGAAUGCAGAGAGGCUAGAGAUUCUAAAGACUGCUAUGAGUAACCGAUACGAUCCAGUGACAAAGUCACUGAAUUUAAGUGACAUUUACAAUGACAAAGAUUUACAGGGGAAGAAUAUGUAUGUUGAGCUCCACAAAAACUAUUACAUGCAGGCUGUGAUUAAGAUUAUCAGUGAGAACAUACCUGAGAUCCAGUCAUUGAUUGUCAGCAAAUGUUUCUUGUACACCCUGAGUAGUUUUGAAAGUUUGCCAGAGAAGAUUCCAAAUCUAAAAGUGAUUGAUCUGACAAAGAAUACGCUUAAGCAUAUGAAGGAUUUACAAGUCCUGAAGGGACUGAAGUUGGAGGAGCUGAAGUUGGAUGGAAAUUCACUUUGUAACUAUUACAAAGACAAGACAGACUAUGUCAGUGACAUUCGACAGAUGUUCCCUACAGUUUUGAGACUGGAUGGAGUAGAACUCCCACCUCCUAUUGCUUUUGAAUUGGAUGAGUCAACGGCCUUACCGCCAGUCAAAGGGAGUUUUUUCGUUAACGAGGAAGUUAAAGCAAUUGUUGUCCCCUUCGUAGAGAAGUUCUUCACUGUGUUUGAUUCAGGGAAUCGACAAGUGUUAGUAGAUGCCUAUCAUGAACAGGCAACAUUCUCACUCAGUGUUCCUAAUAAUAGUUCCAGAAGUAAUAAGACCAACUUAGGAAACUUUGCCAAGUACAGUCGAAAUUUAUUCAAAGUCAAAGAUUCAGGUCAGCGUUUUAAACUACUUAAGCAGGGCAACGUGACAGUGACUGCAUUCCUUAAAGACCUACCUGGAACCCAGCAUGACAUGAGGUCAUUCAUUGUUGAUGUUUCCCUAGCUCAGGGAACUUUGCUUCUGUUCACCGUUGAUGGCGUAUUCAAAGAGAUUGAUAGCCGCAACAACAACCCACAAAUCAUAGCCUUUAGUCGGAGUUUCUUUACGCAUUUCGACAACAGGUUGUUGAUUCUAAAUGAUGAACUGUGUUUGAAAUACCCAACAGAAAAACAGAUAAAGGCUGCUUUUCCUUCAGCUGCACCUACCCCUUCUCAUAGUCCAGUACUUGAAAGUUCAUCAGGCCCAUCAGACCAUGAAAAGAUGUCAAUAGUUUCACAAUUCUCAAAGGACUCUGGAAUGAAUCUAAAGUAUUCCAAAAUGUGUCUUGAGCAAAAUGAGUGGGAUUACCAGAAAGCCGCAAAAAUGUUUUCAGAGAUGAAGGCUCAAGGCAGUAUAACUAAAGAAAUGAUGAUGAUGUGAAGACUAAUGAGAUAUUUAUAAAAAAAAAAAAUUAGACAACCACACUGUCUAAAUAUUUUAUAUGUAUAUCUCAAGUAUAUGAAUAGCCAUAUACAGAAUAGAUUUUGGUUUUUUUUUUUAUCAUGCCCUCUAACCAUAAAUUUUACUGUAAAAUAUGUUCAUGUAAAUUAUCUGAGAUGAUCCUGGAAGAAAUUUUAACUGAAUUGUUUAAGAAUGCCCUCAUCCAGGAUGAUAGAGUUUUCAAGGUUAUAUUAAUUAGACUUUGAAUAGAGUGAUGCAGUAUAUUGCUUACAUAUUCAAGUCUAAUUCAACAUUAAGUCAAACUGCGUAUGCUCUGUAUUAGAUCUAUAUAUGCUGUCGUUGCUUAUUUUAGCUUGAGUUGCAAGGAAUAUGUUGCAAGCUCAGUGAAGUAUUUCAAGUUUGCCUGUGGAAAUAGGAUGUGUAUAGCCUUUUAGUACAGCUGUGCAUGAUUUAGUCAAAGGUCUUGUCCAAACUUUUAUGGGACAAAAUGACAUUCUUUUUCUUUUAAGUUUAGUGUAAAUUCCUUCUAUUUUUGUCAUUGUAAAAAAACAUUAAUUUUUUAUGAGCCCAUGCUUGGGUUUGAAAAUGGCAUUGUUAGAAAUGUUUGGUUAUAUAAACAGUACUGUAAACUGAAUAAGCGCCACUCUCGAAUAAGUGCCGCACCAAAUAUGAUUUUUUUCUUAAGCGACGCAGUGCUUGUUCAAGGACAUAUAUUAGGAAGUGUGUGAAACGCUUUCAGAAACAGGGUUUUAAAUACAAUUUACACAGUAUUUUCAUGAAGAAAAGGGUGUGUCAGUCAUUUUGAAAUAAAAUCAAUGAAAAUCAUGUUAAUUCUUGAAAAAUCAGAGAAAACAUAGAUUUUUGGUAUUCAGUCAAUUGAAUUUAAUAUAUCCAUACACUACUAAGAAUCAAUGUUUUCCCUGAUUUUUAAAGAAUUGUUAUUUUCAUGAUAAAAAAUAUUUUCGUGGGUGGGGGGAUUGUCAUGUCCAAUUUUGGAUAGGUGGGUGGGGGUUUGGGAGGCUUGAGCAUCCCUUUUCUGCCAGUGUCAUCACUGUGGGGUUUUUUUGGGGGUUUUUUUUGGGGUGGGGGGUGUCUAUUCUGUGAUUACCAUGCAGUUUAAAAUCCAAUUUGUUUUAUCAUUAUUUUUUUAUUUUGUUGUUAUUGGUUCCUCCUUUAUUUUAUCUCUAUGGCUCCAUAAUAUUUGUUCAAACACUGAUGUUUUACAAUGAAAAAAAGUCAAUCAUAUCCAGUCAGAGUAAAAAGAAUUUAGGAUGUUGACAUUUUCAAUAGAAAUCGUAGACAGGUGUAAAUGCUGGGCAUUAUUUUAUUGGAUUACCACUUAUUUUUAUAGUUAUGUAAUAAGGAAGUGUUAUACUAGUUCAAACUUGAUGUUUGUGAGUAAGAAAUUUAGUUUCUCAGGAAACUAUUAAGAUUCAGUUUUGUUUUAAUUACAAUGCAAACAAGUUGUUGAUAAUUCUCUCUUAGGGAAGACACUUUUUAUACCUUGUUUCGUAGUGCGGGUGCGCUAAUUGGCCAAAAUUAAAAUUUUCUUUUUAUUUUAAAUCAUUUUUGGCAUGUGGUGUGUUUGCUAAACAAGGUUUAAAAAAGUCUUGCCUGACAAAAAAUAUGAACUUAUACAGAAAUUCUAUGGACAUUCCUCGUAACAAGCUUUCCUUAAAUUGGCUGGUAAUCAAUUUCUGGAUUUUUAAAAAUGAAAUGAGUUAUUUAAUAUUUCAAUUGAAUUUUUCAGUGUUUUUUAAAUUUUUAUUUUUGAUAACACAACAAUAAAAACUUCCAAGUAAAGGAUUAAACAAGUACAGCAUCUUUUAUGAAAUCGUCGCUCACAAAACAAAAAAGCUUGUCAAAAUAAGCGUGUAUUGGUUGUCAAACAAUUUUGUAUUCCUUACUACACAAAAAAUCUGUAAUGACAACAGGGUGUACUGUAUUUUAACACGCUUUCUUUGUUUUCACAAACUAACAGUUUCAACUUGGCACUUAUUCGGAACACAGUUAUUGAAAAUUGGUAAAAUGCAAACCCUUUAAACUUGUUUAUAUAACACAUUCAACAAGUAUCCUCCCCUGGCAUGAAUGCUUAGGCUAGACUAUUUUUUAUACCUCGUUUAGCGAACACCGCCUGCCAAUAAUGAUGAUUCCGAAUAAAAAUACAAUUUUAUUUUUGGUCAAUUAGCGCCCCGGCCACCAUAUAAAAAUGAAAAACCUUCCUUUGACGAUCUUUAAAAAAACAAAACAAACAAGGUAUAAAAAAAGUCCUGCCUUAAAUGUUUAAAUGGUACCAUGAACUGUGAAAAAUAAGCUGUUCAUUGCAAAGUGUGCGCUUUACCAAAUUUAAUUAGAUUUCCAUAUAUUUUUCGGAAUCGUAAAUUAACUUGCUUGUUAAUGACCUUGUCCAGAAUGA